AGAUUUUUAGUCAGAACUUUUUACUCAUAGGUUUUAUGGAUAGACAUGAAAGAAGUUCAAUAUUUAUUACGAAAUCUCUCGUACAACGGCUAGACAAAAGAGCGUCACGGCAACAUUGCGUUUGAGACUGUAUUCGGUGUAUAUACGUAUACACUACUACAUCCAAUGUACAUUAGUGUGUGCCUAUCGAUGCAGGGAUGGGCGUGUGUGAGUGAACUGUACCAGUUCAAAAGUUGACGCUGGAUUGUUCAAAUCUUACAUUGAAACUUUUGUUAUUUUUCGGUCCGUAGUAAUACCUUAAAAUUUUAUCAAUCGAUUGAAUAACGAUAAUCUUUUUUCCUCCAUAAAGAUGUUCAAGUGUCUAAAAAAAACCGUUGAUAUCUUCUCAACCGUACUCUAUAAUUCUCUUUAUAAAAUUGGACGUAGUCAGCAUUCUAAAAUAUUGUGAACCGAAAUAAAAUAAAGGUCAUCAUGAAUAUUUUCCAAGUUAAAUUAUGAGAUUUUACUCGCCUUUAAAGAAAUUCUUCAAACCAGCCUUUGCACCCUAUGGUCGUAGCAACUGUAUACCAAUAAAAUGUCGAGAAAGAAAUUAUCCCCAUCGUCCAGGUCCCAUAAUGUUGCGUAUACUGAAUACUGGAUCGUUAAAACGCGCAGGUUACAAACUCGUCGAAAUAUUUGUAAAGAUAAACGACACAAACAAUGGAGAAGUUUCUAACCCAGUCUCUGGAAGGAAAGAGAACAGAAAUCUACUAGUAUCCAUCAUGGAGACUUUUAUGAUAACAAUUAGAAUCAUUGUGAUAACGUCUGUCGCUUCUAUUGUUUGUAUUCUUUACGUGAUUACACGAUUCAUUCGAACCGAUAGUUUUCCUGAUGUCUUAUUAAAAGCUAUGGAAUUUCUUGGUCCAACGUUUAUUAAAUUUGGCCAAUGGGUCUCGACGCGCAGAGAUUUAUUUCCUGAAGAUAUCUGCAAUACUCUUUCUCAACUUCAACGCUAUACUUCCGCCCAUUCGUGGAUCUACACCAAAUCUUUGUUGAAAGCUACUUAUGGGGAGGAAUGGCGAAAUUUAUUUGUCAAAGUUUUUAACGAACAUCCUCUAGGCUCUGGUUGUUGUGCGCAGGUUUACAAGGCCUGGAUAAAUUUUGAUGUUUCUGUGAAAAUAUCAGAGGAUGCUCGUGUUUCGCCUCUUGUUGAAAUCGCUGAAUACUUCUGCAUAGGUCAUCUCAUUGGGUUUGUUGACAAGUUAAUCGAAAAACAUAAUAAGGAGGAGGAAGGUCAAACUUAUUCCAGAAAAAUACAUCCCGUUGCCGUGAAAGUCUUACAUCCUGGAAUUGAAGAGCAGCUCAAAAGAGAUUUGACGAUUAUGCACGUUCUUGCAAAGUGCGUCACUUACAUGUUUCCAAGUGUACGCUGGCUCAGUCUUGCUGAUUGUGUAUCUGAAUUUUCGCAACUCAUGGAAAGUCAAGUGAAUAUGGAGCUGGAAGCUUUCAAUCUUAAAAGAUUUUCUAAGAACUUUUCAAGUACAAAAAAUGUCAUAUUCCCAUAUCCAUAUCAAGAAUUAACCCAUCGAAAAAUACUAGUGGAGAGUUACCACGAAGGAUUGCCAAUAUCUGAUUACCUUUCUGGCAAAAAUCGUGGACUGCAAGAGCGACUGGCAAAAAUCGGCGUGACAACUGUCCUCAAAAUGAUAUUCAAGGACAACUUUGUACACUGCGAUCUACAUCCGGGAAAUAUCUUGGUUCAGGAAUCUCACGAGUCAGGCGAUACAGACAGUAUUUCAGGAUUCAGAAAAAUCUGGAGAUUCAAUCAUGAGGAUGCUGGACCAAGAUUGGUAAUCCUCGAUUGCGGCCUGGUGGCUUCCUUGAACGAGCGAUGUAGGAAGAAUCUUCGCGAUGUCUUCCGUUCCGUGGCGAUGGGAAAGGGUGAACUAGCUGCUGAGUAUAUUAUGAGACACAGCAUCCAUUUGACUCCGGAUCCUUUGGGAUUCAAAAAAACCAUGGGAAAGAUCGUAGAGACUCACUUACGAGAUCGCGUCAAACUAAAAAACGUGAACGUGAGUACCGUUGUGGCUGAAUUGUUCUCGGCGAUGAUUCGUUACCAGGUGAAGCAAGACGGAUCCUUCAGUAGCGUGAUACUCAGCAUGGCAGUGAUCGAGGGACUAGGACGUAGUCUGGAUCCUGAUAUUGAUAUCGUUACCGAAGUUCUGCCAUACGUCCGUAAUUAGCCUUCAAUUUGAACAAUUAAAUGGUUACAUGAAGA